AUGAACACAGUGUCCUUCGGUCAGCCACCGACAACGAUCACUAAUUGGCUUGAACAUUUUACUGAAGAACAAAUCCAAGAAUUUCGACAAGCUUUUCUCCUGUACGAUAAAGAUUCCGACGGUGCGAUUAAUCCCAAAGUACUUGGAAACGUUAUGAGAACUCUUGGGCAAAAUCCUACAGAAGACGAACUUAAAGGAUUGAUCAAUGAGUUUGAUUGUGAUGGUAAAGGUUUGAUCGACUUUGAUGAAUUCCUUCAGAUGAUGGCUAAACGAGCGAAAGAACAUAAUGAAGAAGAUGAAUUAAUAGAAGCAUUUCGUGUAUUUGAUAAAAAUGGUCAUGGAUAUAUAAAAGUUGCUGAAUUGAAACAUAUCAUGACCAAUUUAGGUGAACAGUUUUCAAAUGAUGAAGUUGACGAAAUUCUAAAUGAAAUCGAUACUACUGGCAAUGGAAUAAUCCGAUAUGAAGAACUUGUCAAGAUGAUUACUGGCAAAUAA